UUAUAGUUUAACCAGUGUGUAAAGAAGGCUCUUAUGUAACCAGUUAUCAGUGCCCUUUUCUUCAGAGAAAUUUGUUUUUUUGCAAAGAACUGUCGGGAUGAAGUUUUAUAGCUUUGGAGUCCUGAUAGCCACUCUCCUCUUUUGUGAACAGCAUGUCUUCGCAUUUCAAAGUGGCCAGGUUUUAUCAGCUCUUCCUAGAACCACAAGGCAAGUUCAAAUUCUGCAGAAUCUUACUACAACAUAUGAGAUUGUUCUGUGGCAGCCAGUAACAGCUGACUUUAUUGCAAAAGCAAAAGAAGUCCAUUUUUUUGUGAAGGCAGGUGAUAUAAUCAAUGUGAAAUCCCACUUACAUGACAGCAGAAUUCAAUUCAGUAUCUUGUUGGAAGAUGUGGAAGAUCUAAUCCGCCAGCAGACUUCCAAUGAUACCAUCACCCCCCGGGCCUCCUCCUCAUUCUAUGAAAAUUAUCACCCACUAAAUGAAAUCUAUUCUUGGAUAGAUUUUGUAACUGAGCAGUAUCCUGAUAUGAUUGAAAAAAUCCACAUUGGAUCCUCAUAUGAGAAGCGUCCACUUUAUGUUCUAAAGGUUUCCAAAAAACAACAAGCAGCCAAAAAUGCUAUUUGGAUUGACUGUGGAAUCCAUGCCAGAGAAUGGAUCUCUCCUGCUUUCUGCUUGUGGCUUAUAGGCUAUGUAACUCAAUUAUCUGGGGAAGAAAAUCUGUUUACCAACCUUCUGAGGCAUGUGGAUUUCUAUGUAAUGCCGGUAGUUAAUGUGGAUGGCUAUGACUACACUUGGAAAAUGGAUCGAAUGUGGAGAAAGAACCGUUCUAUUCAUGAAAACAAUCGUUGCACUGGAACAGAUCUGAACAGGAACUUUGCGUCCAAACACUGGUGUGAGAAGGGUGCAUCAAGUUUCUCGUGCUCGGAAAUCUAUUGUGGCCUUUUCCCUGAGUCAGAGCCAGAAGUGAAGGCAGUCGCUAAUUUCUUGAGAAGAAAUAUCAACCAUAUUAAAGCUUACAUCACAAUGCAUUCAUACUCCCAGAUGAUAGUGUUUCCAUAUUCCUACAACAGAAGCAGAAGCAAAGACCAUGAGGAACUGUCUCUACUGGCCAGAGAAGCAGCCCAGGCUAUUGAGAAUAUUAGUCAAGAUAUCAGAUAUACAUAUGGCAGUGGCUCAGAAAGUUUAUAUCUAGCUCCUGGAGGUCCGGAUGAUUGGAUCUAUGACUUGGGCAUUAAAUAUGCCUUUACAAUUGAACUUCGAGAUACAGGCGAAUAUGGAUUCUUGCUGCCAAAGCAUCUCAUCAAACCUACUUGCAGGGAAGCUCUUGCUGCUCUCUCUAAAAUAGCUUGGCAUGCCAUCAGAAAUGUUUAAUGCUCUUGAUUUUUUCACUCUGUUCUCACAUUUUAAUUUACUGAUUCCAAGACCAAAUUAUUGUACCAGUUUCUUUUUUAAGUUUUAGUUUUGGUAAAAGGUUUUCUUAUUCCUUUGGUUUUGUCAGAGAACAAAAUAAAUGUAAUAAAUAAAUACACAAUUUUCCCUUUUUUGUUUAACUUGUAA